ACGUGCUUGGCGCAUGCGCGCGACCGUCUCCACUUUCCAAGUUUUACGAUUACGAAUUGUUUUUAUAUGGCAGUGAACCGACUAAGUGUUGUGGGACCUUCCGGACGAUUUGACAGUGGCCAGUGGAGAUCCUCUCAGAAUGGCCGGACAGUCAGACGGAUAUUGGACUUCUUCAAGAUCCAGCUAUGCACUAUUGCCAUCUCGCUCACACUGUUCAACACGGUGCGGCUGCCGCGAGAAGCCUUCAAGUAUGGAGACGUGCCAUACUUGGUGGUCUACUCGGUGUGGUUGCUGGCUGUUGGUCUACCGAGCGUAAUGCUCCAGCUGUCUAUGGGACAACUUAGUCAGCAAGACGCGGUUGGCGUGUGGCGCGCUGUUCCUAUAUUUAGAGGUGUCGGGCACAUAAAAGUGCUGACGUCAUACCUCUGCUGUACCUACAAUAUGGUGUACGUUGCCCUCUCCGCCGCGUAUAUGAUAUGGAUCGGCAAGGGCACCUUCCCCCUGAAGGACUGCACAAAAAUACACAUGACUCCGAAUGGGUAUGAGAACAAAAUGAAUGCGUCUGAGUGUUUCAACUCGACGUUUUUGGCGCCGUUCACAGAACAACCUCAAUAUCUGGGUGUAAUGGCUAUUUUGAUAUUCAUUUUAUGGUUCUUUGUGCCUCUUAUGCUGCUCAACCUUCACAAAUCUCUGAAGGCGUCUCUGAUGAUCCUGGCACCCAUCCUCGUCGCGAUAGCCAUCGUCCUAUGCGUCUUUAUCUCCAAUGGAACGGUUAUGACCUCGGUUCUGAAAAUAGACGACUGGUCGAUGUUAGCUCGGCCGUAUAUCUGGCAGAGCGGGCUGGUCCAGGCGCUGCUGUCGUCUUGCGUGAUGAGCGGCUAUGUCAUAAGCGCUGGUGGAACUAUAUAUAAACAAUCUGAUGUUAGAUGGAUAUCGGUACUAAUAAUACUAACGAACUUACUAUCUGGAUGGCUCUGCGUAUUCAUGUGGGAGUCGAUAGCCGGGGAAGGCAACAAAGACAAGAGUUUCAUAGCUAUAUUAGUACUUAUAUACCAGUCAUCGGUGAGCGAGCACAGGACGAAGGAAUGGCCCUUGCUGGCGUUCGGGGUGGUUCUCGUAUCGGGAAUUAUCACAUCGUUGGUGCUUCUGUACCCUGUCUACGACAAGCUGCAUCGUCUUGCUGGCGAGCAGUGGAGGCUCUUCGCGGCAGCUGCAUCAGCUCUGGGCACGGCGCUAACAGUUGCCGUGCUGUCUCGAGGGAUCUCUAUUGCCCAAAUGCUUGAUGAGAUGGUCGUGCCGGUUCUGGUUGUGGCCACUACUGCGUUUGAGGUGGUGGGCUUCGUUUUUAUUUAUGGAUACUUCUACCUCAAGUCCGAUAUCAAAUUCAUCACCGGCAGUAAUCUGUCAAGGUUCUGGAUAGUGAUGUGGUGGUUGACACCCGUCCUACUAGUUGGAGUGACGGGCUGGUGGCUGAGAGCCAUCAUCAGGAUCGCGUGGAGUCAGGGGCAGAGCUUGUGGCAUUUGGUCGGUGUCUUCAUAGCCAUACUGGUGCUACUUAUCAUCUUCGCCGCUAUUGCUGUGGCGAAAGAGGAGCAGUAUAAUUUGCUUGCCAAAUUAGCAGCCGCAUUCCAUCCCUCCCGUCUUUGGGGACCAGAAGAGCCAUUAGCAAGAUACACGUGGAUGUCUCAACGGUUCGCAAACGAAAACCUCACCGCAGAACAAGAUGUUACAGCUGAGUCUAACUACGCAAAUCUACACAACGACUAUCUAACAAAGAACGAAAUCAAAUACAACGAAAAUUGGUUCAAAGAAGAUAUAUACCAAAAGCAUCCAAAGAGCGACUAUGCGAUCGAAUAUAUAAGUAAAAAAGACGCCAUUAAAGACGCAAGUCCCAUAUAUUCAGUUCCCGCAAUAGACAGGAGUAAGAGAGAAAAAGAAGACACGUUCAGAUCACCGAAUAUUUGCAUAGCCAAAGGAGAAUUGGGUGGUGCAAUAAAUUGCAAUUGCAAUAGGCACUUCCAGCUUAACGUACCAGAUUUAAGAAAUAACGAGAUAUCGACUAGUCUAUAGACUGUUUAUGUACAACGAUUGCUUUGUCUAGUCGCAUUAGGAAUAAUACUUAGAAGUUAUGACGGUUGACGCAUUUGUAUGUAAUAAUACAAAACGAUGUAAAAUGUGAUAAUACGUAAGCGAUAUUUAUUUAAAUAGCCCAUAUUAUAUAGGAUUUAGAACUUGUGUAAAAUAAUGUUGAAAUGUGCUAUAACUUAGGGGAUGAGCGAUCAUUUUAAAUAUUCCGACAUUGUAGCGAGUUCAAUUAAAACAACAAGCCCUGAUUGUACAUGUUUUAUAAGAAGAAAGUGAAUCUUACGAGUAUAUGGUUCAAUAUUUCGCCUUACUUAUGAUAUAUUAAAUGCUACAUUUGGCCUUCCUGUACCUACACUACGUAUAAAACCUGAGAGAAAUAAGUGUUCAAAAUGAUAUAUAUUCUCACGGCCGCAUUACUCCAAGGGGACUGAGUAUGUUGUGAACUAAAUAAAAUGUAUAAAAUCGUAGAAGAUCUGUAGAUAAAAUUGGUAAUUUAUAAGAUAUAUUUUUAAAUAAAGUGGUAAAAAGAAAUAUUUAACAAUUAAUAUACAUAUAAGGCGAAUCGUAAGAAAAGAUAUCAAAGAUGUAGGGUUUAUGUAUUUUUCGUGUGGGAAAAGGAUUACAAUGAUAAAAUCUUAUAAGCUUAAGAUCAAUGGAAAAUAUGAUAUA